CGCCCGGACGUCGGUGUGGGUGUGCAAAUUUGGAAACGUGCCCACCGGGCUUGGCUUCUGGAGCUCUCGAGCACAGUUCCCCGAGUGCCCCAACACCGUCGCAUUUCGUAAUUUCACGACUCUCCUAGCCAUUGUCAUUAACAGAAUUGGUUUCGAGCGAUCGAGCAGUGAUCCUUUUACGAUAAACAGUGAUUCCUUCAGUGACAGCGAGUCGACAACGAUGAAUCGUCCGUCGGAGGAUGGUUUGUUUACGAACCGAGUCCUGGGGAGUUGAAAAUAGAAUCUUUUAUUAGACGGUGCCGCGACCCCGAUGUAAGGAGUUUGUUGUUGCGCCGCGUCGUCACUAUCUGGAGUUUGUGCCUACGAUUUUAGUGGGUAUGAGUAAAGAAGAGGAUGUCACAACGGAUAGAUUAGCAGUAAAAAUACCAACGAUAAAAGCCGAGUCCGAGACUCAAACAAGUGGGAAACUUAUAAGUGUAUCACCGGAAACAAAGAAAGAAAAAAUGAUGGAAGAGCAGGCCCAGAGCAUGUCGAUUCGAAAACGGAGGAAUUUAUCAAAGAACAGAGGUCAAGCGAUGAGACAGAGAGAGCAAACCCCGGAACCUGGCAGAACACCAAUAGCCAACGAGGACACAACGACAUCUGAUGACGAAGACACGAAACAGCCGCGAUCGUCGCGCGAAAUCGAAGCCGACAGUACUUACCUGGAGAUGAGACGGCUUGUGCAGCAGCAAGCCGGCAAUAAAGAUCCUGUUUACGACAUCACUACAGAGGAAGUGCUAGAAAAGAGGGCAAUGGCUGCCAAUGAACGCAGGCGCAGGAGCGUGUCUCCUUUUGCUCUGCCAGAGAAAGAGAAAGAAGAAGGAUCACCAUUGCAACGCAAAGGAAGUUUCAUGGAUCCAACAACUAAGCUAUUGAGUACAACUUAUACUUUGAGCCCGAAGGAAGAAAAUGCCGGGAGAAGAAGUUCGUUAGUUAUUGAGCCUCCAAGGGAUAGAAGACAUUCUCUUACGCCUUCAUCCCCGGUGAGUGGUUCUCCGAUGGAUAAAACAGAUUUUCAAUAUCCAAUACCAACUACUCCUAAGCGUCUCGAGGAAAUGGUUUACCCUGAUGAGGUGAAUGCAGAUAAUAAAUCCAAAAGUAAACCUACAACUCCUGCAAAAAUGGAUGAUGUAUUUACUUUUGAUGAUGUAGAAGAAAAACCUAGACCUAUAAAGCUUGCUACCCCUAAACCUCCGGAAACGCCGGCUCUGGCCCCAGGUGAAAUUGUUACAAAGGUGAUACAGAUAGAAAGGACUCCGAGCAGAAAGUUGUCUGUUCAAGACAAACCAGUUGUAGAAAUCAGACAAAGAAUCGUGCGGACACCAAGCAGAAAAUCCAUUGUUGAUAUAAAACCUUUGGUGCCGAAAGUAUCGGCAAAACAAGUGAAAGAGGUAGAGCCACCUACUCCCGCCAAGGCUCUACCUCCAGUCAAGCCAGUAAGGAGUACUUCUAGAUUCGGGGGUAAGACUAGUGAGAGUGAAAUGAGCGAGGAUCAAGCGAACGCACAUAAUACCAAUACUGUAGUACCGCCAAAACGAAGAGUGGCCCCAAUUCCAAGAAGAUUCUUAAAAAAAGUACCAAGAGAAAACCGAUCCCAAUCCGUAAACCGUGUAGAAGAUAUACGAGUUGUUGACAAAACUGGCACAGGAAUGAGCCAGACCAGCAAAGAAAUAAUAGAACUAAUGCAACAAGCUAGAGCAAGAAGUUUAUCUUUACCUAAAGAUGAUCCAAGAUUGCCUCCUGAAUACAAAAACUACAGUAAAAAUCUGCAAACACCAAACAAGACACCAUCAACACCAAAGCGUACACGAGGUAUAUCAUGCCCUAAAACUAUCCAAAUAAUAAGCGAUAGAGAGAUUCUAGGUGGACUACCAAGUAAACCAUUGGAACCAAGUAAGCAUAGAGCAGAACCAGCCAGUAGACAAAGUUCUGGUUACAUAGACGCAAGUCAAUCCGAAUACACCUCGAGUUGUUACUCAUCUUCACCUAGUGACAAUGAAUAUGACUUCAACUUAUCAGAAAAAACUGCUGAACUAACUCGUAAAUUACAUCUACUAAGCCAAGAAGUUGAAAGGUGCGAAGACAGUCGUAAUAUUUUAUUGGCCAAACAUGACAAAAGAACAGAAGAUAACGAACCUAUAUCUGUAUUACGUAAAAGAACUAACGUCCCUACAAAUGGAAUAAACAAAGAGAAGAAACCUGUAGUAAAAGCAGAUAAAAAACCAAUAAAUCAAACAGAUAAACAAAUAGAACAAUCAGUAAAUAAAGAAACUGCGCCUAUUGAGAAUGAUAUAAAGAAGAAAACCACAUCAAGGUGGAAAUUAAUAGCUAAUUGGAAACAGUUUGUUGAAGAUAAUAGAUCUGACUAUGUUGCAAUGAAACUACAGCUGAAUAAAUGCAUUUGUGAUUCGUUGAUGGUCAUCAUAUUAUGUGGUUUAGGUGGACUAUUGUUCAGGAGCUUAGAAGGGUCAUUUGAAAACGCUUACAAAUGUGGGACAAGAAAUGUGAAACGUGAUUUCAUCGAAGCUCUAUGGAGGGGUAGUCAUAAUUUGCGAGAGGAAGACUGGAAAUCUAUGGCAAGGAAAAAGUUGUACGAAUUUGAGGAUCAACUACACACGGCCCACGAGGCAGGUGUCACCUCCUACAGCGGUCAGAGAUCUUGGAACUUUAUGAACUCAUUCGUCUACUGUAUGACUCUACUUACAACAAUUGGUUACGGUCACAUAGCACCAAAGACGACGUACGGGCGCAUAGCGACUAUCCUCUACGCCAUCAUCGGGAUCCCCUUGUUCCUGCUCGUGCUGGCCGACUUCGGCAAGUUCUUCACGAGGAUUAUCAAGUUCUUCUGGUCCUUCAUCCGCCGGUUCUACUACACCAGGAGUUGCAGGAAAGUCAGAAGAAACGUGCCUGUUCAUGAGGUGAUGAGAGGGCUAGAGUUGGUGUACGGCGCAGUGCGGCGACCUUCACAAAUCUUCUCUGAAGACAUCCUGGCGCACGAUCACCCUGCAGGCCACGGGCCUCCCACGCCGGAUGACACAACGGAUGACCUACCCCCACCGCUGCCCCCCAAACCAGGAGUAGAACGCCAAACUUCGAUCGACAGCAACACUGUCCAAUCCGCACCAUCGGUAUUCGAAAUAGACGAUGAAUUCAACCUGCCCAUCAGUGUGGCCAUAGUAAUUCUUAUUUUCUACAUCAUCAUAGGAGCCUUUGUUUACACGUUAUGGGAAGACUGGACCUUCGCUGAAUCAUUCUAUUUCGUCUUCAUUUCAAUGUCCACUAUUGGUCUUGGUGACUAUGUUCCCGUUCACCCGAUUUUCAUGAUGUCUUCCAUUUUGUACUUGAUAUUUGGAUUGGCGCUGACAUCUAUGUGUAUCAACGUUGUACAAGUUAAACUAAGCGACACGUUCAGCAAGGCAAGUGCUAAGAUAGGAGCGUCUAUUGGACUAAAAAUAGCUGCAGAAGAUGGCAGUCUGGUGCCCACUACUCCGAAACUGACAGAAAUUGUGCCCGUGCAUACGCCUAACAAAACUGAUAGUCACAAACAAAUUGAAACUAGAUCCGAUGACAAUAAAGAACCGGAACCCCAAACGUAAAUAUUUAAUUUUAUAUUUGGUGUUGUGAUGACUUAGUCCAUCAUACAAGACUUGUGGUGCUAAUUUCAUUAUGUAUGUAUAAGUGUUACAUAAAUAUGAAGUGAUAUUGUUACUAAUUUUUAGAUUUUAUUAUUACUUAUCAGCAAUGAAAUGUUGGAAGUUUUUGUGUGAACAAAUGAAUCAUUACAUGAUUUUUUUAUUGAAA